AUGAGUCAACCAAAGAAGAGUCACAUGCUUGCUGCCAAACGAAUGAGGUAUAUCAAAGGGACAUCCGAUUAUGGAAUAUUGUUUCAAGUUGGAAGACAAAAAGAUGAGUUGAAGCUCGUUGGUUAUGCUGACUCAGACUAUGGUGGGGAUCUAGUGGAAAGGAAAAGUACGUCUGGGUACAUCUUCUUCAUAAAUGAAGCACCUAUCUCAUGGUGCUCCAAAAAGCAACCGGUUGUUGCCUUGUCAAGCUAUGAAGUUGAAUACAUAGCUCAAUGUUAUGCCGCAUGCAAAGGAGUUUGGCUUAUGGAACUAUUGAAGGAAUUAAAGUUACUUAGGGAGAGUCCAAUACAAUUGAGAAUGGAUAACACAUCUGCCAUAAAUUUAGCAAGACCCUGUAAGUCAUGGCAGGAAUAA